AUGACACCCAGCUCUGAUGAUGUCCAUCAUAUGAUGGACAAAAACUCAGCACGUUUUCACCCGAAACUACGUCAACAUGAAUAUCGUAUAAAAUCCAAACGGCUGCAGUACAACGACAUUCAUCUGUCCUCAUCUGAAAUCGCUCGUCUUUAUUCUUCUGAGGUAUCUGUACCUGACCAGCCGCCUUCACAAUCUUCCUUCUCAAUGUCCAUGCCUUCUUCGUCCCAACCAAACUCCACUGCCUUAUGUAACUCUCCAAUUCCUGCGGCCAAUUUUAGAACACUCUCUCUUGUGCGUCCAGCCCAGACAAAGGAUUCUGCUUCUGGUUCUACUUCAUAUAUCAGUAGUGGCAUGAAUAUGGCCCCCACCGUCUCUCCCUAUUUUUCAUCCUGCAGCAGUCUUCAGCUUGUUGCUGCCUUCUCACCUGCUCCUUCCCCACCUAAAUUACCUUUAUCGCGUCAAUCGGAAAUGAUACCUGUAAUAACAACGAGAGAGAGUGCCGUUCCCUCUAAUUCUUAUUUUCGGCCUAGAAGCGGCAAAAAUAUUUUAUCUUCUAUGUUCCGCGAAAAUAGUAGUAAUGACCAUCUCGUUAAACAGGAGUUAAACUUUAUAGAAGACUCAAUUAGUGACGCCCUGGCCGAUGCUCUUGAUCGGCUACCUGAUAAGGAGGAGUCAAGGACCCGACUCAGAUCAUUUUCCAAAUCUCCUAGUCUUUCUCCUAUGUCGGACGAAAAGGAGGCAGAUACAAGUGUUGUACAAAUAUUCGACCCUGAGUUUAAUGCCUCCCAACAGAAUGCAGAAACUCUAGGCAAAGUGGGUUUAUUGCAUAUUUCAGGUCACAUAGGAAACAGCGAAUAUCCUGGCGUUUUUGCAUAA